CUGCUGCUUCUGCUGGGCCUUAACAAGUUUGCCAAAAACGUUAACCAGAACGCUCAGAUACCAAAUGAAUCCCAUUUAGUUGCGCGUCUUAAGCUCUAAGAACCAAAACGUUUCACGGGAAAAAGUACCGAGUAAAAUGCUGGUUAAAUUAAAACCUUGGGUGACAUUUCUACUCUUGCUCCAUACAGUGGAAUCAGCAAAUCUAUUGACAAGUUAUUUACCCGCCGCCAUGCAGGCAUUGGCCUACUAUAUAGAUCUUUUGCAAUAUGAACCAUUGGCCACCACGACUGUAGAGCCACCGUUUAGUGUGUCGACAACCACAGCACUUGACAAGAGGGAAGAGUCAGAAAGCACUACAUCGAGACCUACUCAGGCAACGACAACACGUCGACCAACUGGUUCUGGUUGGUGGCAGCCUCCCAGCUGGUGGGAGACACCGCAACGCACAUCGACUACAACGGCGCGACCUACAUCGGCUCCCACGCCUCCGCAUAGACCGGCCUUGUUUGCCCCACCCGCCGGUCAGCUGUCGUCGUCGUCGCCAAUUCUCGAGGGUCAUGCCCUUUUCAAUGAAAUCGGAGAUGAUGAUUCGGACAUUGAUAGGUUACCACUCUCACUCAUACGUGACAUUCAAUCGGAGGCCCUGCACGAUGAUUUUACCAACGAUGUUGAGUCGUUGGACAAUUUCCUACGUCUCUAUGAUGAUAAUUAUGGUCGUGCAGCAUUUGAUUUUGAUUUGGCCAUGGAUCGUUUGAGUAGUGAUUCAACAGCGGGUAAAAAACGUGUUCCGCCCACCAAGCCUUAUGUCGAUUUCCUACUCGUCUACGAUUUACUCAAACGCGAUGCCAAGGCCGCCAAUUUAAGUAAAUAUGAAGGUUAUUCGGAGGAUCUAUUACAGCAGCUAUACGAGAUCUCGAAUAGCUCAUCAUCGGCUCGCCAAUUGCAUACGAUAUUUCAACGGAUGUUGGAUCGCGGUGAUGUCCAGCGAAGCGAUGUGGUAGCCAGGAUUCAGGGCAUAGUCAAAGAUCUGGGCAAUCCAAAUAGUCCCACAUCCAAGGCAUUGGCCUAUAUACCCACCAUGCAGUUUUUGCCUUAAUAUAAGUAUUUAAUUAAGAUUAAUCAAAAGAACUUCCAAUAAAUUAACUAAUCCUUGCAAAUAUCCUUUA